AUGGUCGGCGGACGAAUUAUAAUCGAUGGGCGCUCUGCAAGGCUUAUCAUUUGUCUCCAUCGAGUCAGGCAUAAAAGAAGUCGGCAAUUCCACUUCAACGUCUCUCUCUCUUCUUCAGUCUGGCCCAGUCCACGACAGGCUGCCAAAGAACAAGAACAUUACUUGCACAGUUGUCAUACGGCAAGCCCACUCCAGCCCAGGCCAGCUCAACGGUCAACACGGCACCACAGGCAGCAGCUUCCCAUUGAAGGAAAGAAGAAUAAAAGCAUGGCUUACGACGACAAAGACGUUGGCGACGGCGCCCAUGUCGAGACCAUUGAGCGCAGAAAGAGCACGUCGGAAGAAGUCGCCGAGCUCAGUGGCAUCGAGGACACGGCUGCGUCCACAGCAGCCUGGCUGAUCUCUAUCACCGUCUCUAUCGGCGGGUUUCUUUUUGGCUACGACACGGGCUACAUCUCGUCCGUCCUCGUCACGAUCGGAACGUCUCUCGGCCAUGAACUAAGCUCGAGCGAACAAGAGCUCGUCACCUCGCUGACCAGCGGCGGUGCCUUGGUCGGAGCCGUCUACGCAGGCAUGACGGCCGACCGAUGGGGUCGCCGCCUCCCCAUCUGGGGAGCAUGUGCCUUGUUCGUCAUCGGCACCGUCCUACAAACGUGCGCCUACUCGGUCGAACAGUUUGGCGUUGGCCGAUUCGUGGUCGGUUUGGGAGUCGGGUCUGCCGCCAUGAUUGUCCCGCUUUACAUCGGUGAACUCGCACCAGCCAAAUACCGCGGCCGAAUGAUCGCGUUCAACAACAUGAGCGUAACCUUCGGACAGCUCGUAGCCAGCGCGCUCGGCGCGGGUUUCCAACACGUCAAGGGUGAAGGUUGGCGGGCCACCGUGGGCAUCGGAGCGUUCCCGCCGCUCGCGCUCGCGGCCCUUUUGUUGCUCUGCCCGGAGUCACCUCGUCAACUGGUGUCUCACAGCAAACACGAUGCGGCCGACGCGGUCCUGCUGCGCAUCUACCCGACGUCGUCGCGCGAACAGCGGUCGGCCAAGAUCCAGGCGAUCGAAAUGUCCAUCCACGAAGCCACAUCGGCCAUGACGGACGAAUCCAUCUGGGUCACGUUCAAACGCGUCUUCACCACGCCCGCCACGGGCCGUGCAGUCCUGACGGCGUGUGUCAUCAUGGCCAUCUCGCAGCUCGGCGGGUUCAAUACGCUCAUGUACUACGCCGCGACGCUGUUCGGGCUGGUCGGGUUCACCAACGCCACCGCGGUCGCCAUUACCGUGUCCGGCACCAACUUUGUCUUUUCACUCGUCAACCUCGUGCUCGUCGACCGCUUCGGCCGUAGGAUCAUCCUGGCCAUCACCGUACUGGGAAUGUCGGUUUGCAUGCUCAUCGCCGCCGUCUCGUUCCAUUACAUCCCGCUCAACCAUAACUUGGAGCUGGAGACGGAUCAUGUCGGGUGGCCGGCUACGUUGGUCCUAGUCACAAUCGUGUGUUAUGUCGCUUUCUUUUCCUCGGGCGUCGCCACCAUUGCUUGGAUCGGUACGGAGCUCAUCCCGCUGGAAGUCCGGGCCGUGGGUACUAUGCUGAAUACCGUAACUUGCUGGAGUACCAACAUCAUCAUCUCCUCGACCUUUUUGUCCAUGAUGAAAGGCAUCACCCCGUCCGGCGCGUUCGGGUUCUACUGCGGCAUCUGCUUCGUCGGCUGGGUCUUUAUCGUCUUCUGUUACCCCGAGUGCAAAGGCAUGCCGCUCGAGGCCAUCCGCGAGGUCUUCAGUCGCGGCUUCGGCGUCAGGUAUUCGAAGCAAUGGCAGCGCGAGAACAAGGAUCUGGUCAAGACCGCAACGACUACUUCUUUUGGUCAUUGA